AUCCCCAGUCCCAAAACAACGUGCUAUUCCUUUCUUGCCUGUGUGAAAUAAAAGCAAACGUCAAAGGCAGAUAGAGAUUAUUGAAUUGCGCAUACUUGGUGUACUUGGUGCGUUUGGUCAAGUGUGUGUGAGCGUGGUAAAGUGUUCAAUUAUCAAAAUGUCUGACUUGAAUUUGAAUGACGACUUAUUGAAUUAUGAAUUAGGUGAUGAUAUCGAUGAUCAAACACUUUAUGGGGCAGAUGAGGAUGAAUUGCUAUUGUCUGACGAUGAGUUGGAAAAAGAUGUUACAAAAGAAGUUAAACAAAAAAUAAAAGCAGAGGCAGAACAAUGGGUUAAUGAACGUAUUCAGGAAAAAGAAGAACAUCAAAAUGUUUCAAAACAAACUAAAACAUCCAGUUUACAAAUAUCAGGAGCUGUUGGCAUUAAACAUGCUGCGAAAUCAAUCAAAGAUACCGCCAAACCAGCACUGGCAGAUGCAACAGAGGUAACUUCUACAGCGGCGUCUCAUGCGUUGGCAAUUGUCCCGCAACAUGGUGAUGUAACAGAUGACGUCUCUACCAGUGAGCAUUCGAUAGCCACACAUGUCGAAUUCAAAGAACCCGCAAAAUCGCAAACACAGAAAGAAUUAAUACAGCACUUACCCCCAGUAUCUACUCAAACAGUUUUACAAAAUGCCACAAAUAUCGACGAAGUGACAUCAAGCAGCAGCAAAGAGGCGGAAAUAGAUCACUCGUCAGUUAUCAGCUGUAGUACUGGCAAUCUAACAGAUUCAUCUUUUAUACAAAGCUCUCAGGAGAGCUUGGGAUUGGCUACACUUAGCGCCAGUGACUUCUCCGAUCCUAGAGAGGAUAUGGAAGAGGAGCGUGAGACGAGAACCAAUAUAAAGACAACAAAUGAACGAGAUUUAGAUACAGGAAUGAAUGAAUCGGCAGAUAAACACCAUUCCCGUUAUGUGCACAAUAAGCGUGGUGGAAACCCUCUGCUGAGACCCCAUUCGAUUCGUGGCUCUUACCAUGGUCAAAGGCCACUCCUGCGAUAUCCGCCAUCACAUGGUAAUUUUUUAUUGACUGCACACGGUUUUCCGGCAGCAAGAAGUAGCGUCGGUUCAGCAACACUAACCCAUACAACCUCCACCCUCAUUCCAGGUCAAUUCCCGUUACAACAACCGUCCUUACCUUACGCACCACACAACACAGUACACGGUCCACCAUCAACUAAUCCUGGAACCAUCGGCCCACCACAGACAAACCCCAAUGCACCGAUUCCUCUCCAUCCACACGAUCCCAUGAAUCCCACCAUCUCCCAUCGACCCCGACAUCCAUAUCCUGGCUUUCGCCCAAGUGGACCUAUGAAUUUUCGCCACCCAAAUCCAGCGAAUAUGUAUCAUCAUGAUUAUAAUACAGGCGCAGGAAUACCUUUUAAUCAGAACUUCGGACCUAUGCCACAUCCAGCACGACCUAUGUUCCGACCAGAACUCGGAGGGGGACCUAUGACAGGAGGCAACAAUGUAGGUCUGGGACCAACUGGGGGACCCAUGGGAAUGAGGCCAAACAUGCGCCUACCACGACCACCUCUGUCAAAUUUAGCGCCGCCAAACUUUAUGAAUAAUCCUGGAAUCAGGCCACCAACACAACAACAACAACAGCCAUUGCCUCAGCAACCAGGUCCUCUGCAGGCACCACAAAAUGUCGGCGUAGUACCAGUGCAAGCGCCUACAAGUGGUAGUGGUGGCCCUUUGCCAUCGACUGCAGUGCGUCCGAGUAAAGUGCUGAUCAAUCCUAACUUCAAAGGAGGCGUACAAGCAGCUACGAACAAGUUUAUAAAAGAAACUCAGUUUAUGUCCACAAUUAGCAGUCAUGUCUCUCACCUACAGAGUGACGAUGAAUUGUUGCGACAACAAGAGGAAUUCAUCAAUAAAAAUCGAGAACACAUUGAGAAACGUCGACAUGAACGCUCACCGCUCGCCUCGCGACGCAGCCGUAGUCGCAGCCGUUCACGAACACUUUCACGUGAGCGAAGUUUUUCACCACCAAAUAAAAGAGGUGGCGCAGGCAGUGGCAGUGGAAGUGCCGGCGGACCGGCUAGUUUACAUUUCGACAGAGAACGCGAGCGUGACCGCGAACGAGACCGAGAACGUGAUCGCGAUCGGGAACGAGAUAGAGAUCGUUUAGAUCGUGAAAGAGAUCGCGAUCGUGAAAGGGAAAGAGAACGUGGUCCUAUCGACCGAGAACGUGGUGUUUUGGGUAGCGGAAAUUCUAACCUAGGACCAAGAGGAAAUCGUUUCCGGCGUGCUAACAGUCGAGAUCGCGAUUAUGAUAAAAGAGCUGCUGGUAGUUAUAUUAAACGGAGGCGCAGUUUAUCGCCUCUACCACGAGCUGGAGGCGGCUUUCGACGUGGUGGCGAUCGCGAACGCCCAGAUGUUGAAGAGGAUGAAGAAACACGUGUUUAUAGGUUGGAAAUUGAGAAACAGAAAGCAUUACGGGAAAAAAUAUUGAAGGACAAAGAAUUAAAGCGCCGGCGCGCAGCCGAAGAAAAACAGUAUGAGGAUCAUCGCCCCACUCAACCUAAUAAUAACAGUAACAACGGCAGCAACAACAGUAGUAAUUCUCCAGGCAAUGCUACUGAGAACCAAACGCAGAAGCUUAAACCGAUUGUGGUCACAGAGCGCAAGAUAAUAUCAUUGAAGAAGCGGCAACAACAACAUUAUUCUGAUGAAGAACUACCACGGCAAAGACCACAACAACAAGACCAACAUCAGCGUACACAACUGUCACACUCGCAGACACAAAAUCAACGCAAACUAAUUCCAACUGCAAAAAUUCUACCGGAAGCCAAACGAAACCUAAAUGAUCAUAUAACGAAUGUUACAAGUAGUAGCAGUGCUAGUGGUGGCAGCGCUGGUAUCAGCAGUGGCGGUGCGAAUAGUGGCAAUAGCAACACUGCUAUAAUAAAACCGGUGCAAAAGAAAGACACACACACACCAACACCGCCACCGGCAGCUAUAUUGAAGCAAACACGUCGUAUGUCCUCACCAAGUGAUGAUGAAGUUGAACUUGACUACGAUGAAGAUGAACUAAUGCUUGAAAUGGAGGAUCGUCUGUUGGCCACACCAACACCAUCCCCACCGCGUAAUGCUGUGUCACGUACGCCUACACCCGAACCAAUAGCACCGCCGCCUAGUAAGGCAAAUAUGCGAUCUAGUAGUCGCAGUUGUAAUAAUAAUUCAAAUUCGCAAAGAUCAUCAUCAUCAUCGGCACCAUUCAGUUCAAGUAAUCGACGAGUCGUAUUAAAAUCAUCAUCAAACACAUCUGGAGGUCGUAAGGAUAGCGAUUUGCACUCAUCCGAGAGCAGUCGCAAUCGUCGCGCGGGCGGCGGAGGAGGCUCAUCAUCGCGCAGCGGUGGCAGUAGUAAUUCUAGGAAGGGCAUAUUUGAUCGCUUGGACACCAGGCGUCAAAUGUAUGAGAGCGGCGGCAACAACAGAGAUGGCGGUGAUGGAAAACGUAACAAAGGUCAACGCAUUGUAUUAAAACAUGAUUAAUACAAGUUUGAAAAUUUAAGAAAGAUAAAAGAAAACAAGAGCAGCAUUAAGCUUUGCACGGAUAAUUUCUGUUAAAGAUUUCUAUAAAAGUGUAGCAUAGAUUUAAACUACACAAAAACGAAUGGUAGUACUAAUUUCCACAAACAUAUUUUAUGAAUUAAAAAGGUAUAUUAUAAUUCACUAUAUAUUUGGAGAGGAUAUUUAAUGCUGUCAGUGAAAUAGUUAAAAUAUAACACGUAUGGAAGUCGUCGGCCUGUAUUGAAAGUGAAGUAAAAAUAUUCGCUCAGCAAAAAAUUAAAAAAUUAUAAGAUCAUGUAAUCAUAUAAUUUAACACAAACAGAACACAUAUGUAUGUAGAAAACACCAGCCCAGCUUAUAUCUUUAAACAACUUAUGUGUAACCUGAUUUUCCCACAAUCACAAGUACAUAUGUAGUAGAAUUACAUAAUAUCCGAAUCAUAAAUAUAACUUAUAAUAAUAUCUUGCUAGGC